CAUAGGGCGCUCGUAUUCCGCGUAUUCGAUGGUUGUCAAAUGACAUGUUCGUAAUUCGGGGCUAUGAAAUGUAGAUAAUAGUUUUAUGUCGAGAGCUUAUAUUUAGCGAUGUGAUAUUAUAGCGUAUUUUAUUUUGUAUAUCUGUUGAAACGGACAAAGAUGAUUGUUUAGUGAGUGAAUUGGUGAUUUUGUGAGUGCAGUGACAUUAAAUUCUCAACCCAAAAUGGCUCCUUCUCCAGACAAAACUAUUGUGCCAAAAGCCCCCGAUAAACGAAAUGGUGUUUCAAAUAGUGACAAUUUUACGGCAUCGAUUGGUAAAAAUACAAGUGUUAAUGAUACGGCAAUUGUAAAUCAACAAGAACCUCAGGAUAAUCCUCCUGCAUUAUCAAAGUUAGAUGAGGGGCAAUUAAAAGCUCUUUUGGAGGAAGCUAUAACUUACAAACGCCCUAAAGAUCGUGAAUGCAAAAGUUCUUUGUUUAAAGAAUUGCUUCACGAAGCGGAAUCUUCUGAGGCCGCACCUCCUUUAUGUCGAACACGAUUUCAAUCUGAGCGAAAUGAAACUCGCAAUUAUAAUAAUUCUUCGCAUCAAUUAAAUAAACACUCACAGAGACAAUUAUCUCACGGUGGUUCUUUACAAGAUUUGGCAGAUUCUUGCAAGUUUUUCGAUAACAACAGUACCAAAAUUGAUAGUUAUAGUUCCAGAAAAAAUACAGAACGACUGCAACCGUAUGCAAGUAACAAGCAAGAAGAGAUUAGCAAGAUGAAGAGAUCUAGAGAAGAUAUGACAUACAGAAGUGUUCCCACUGUAAUACCAAGUCAACAUCAGCGCAUUAUGUCCAACACUAAUCAGCAACAGUCAAUAUCUGGGGGCUACAACAGUAGCAGACACUCGCCAGGUUCCACACAGUUUUCAGCAGCAGGUUCAGGUGCUGUUAAAAUACAUACAAAUCCAACAGUUUCAAUAAAUACCACAAAUGUGCAACAGAGUGGACAAUUUCAAAGGCUUAAAGUUGAAGAUGCUCUCAGCUAUUUGGAUCAGGUCAAGUAUAAAUUCGGAAAUCAACCGCAAGUAUAUAAUGAAUUCUUGGAUAUAAUGAAAGAAUUCAAAAGCCAGUGUAUUGAUACACCAGGUGUUAUUGAAAGGGUAUCAAAUCUAUUCAAGGGUUAUCCAGAAUUGAUUGUAGGGUUUAAUACAUUUCUUCCACCUGGUUAUAAAAUUGAAGUCCAAUCCAAUGAACAAGGAUAUGCUUUACAAGUUUCAGUGUCGGUACCCUCUACACAAUCUUGUACCACACUGCCUAUGUCAUUGUCAAAUUGUAAAUCAAUGCAAAUAGUUCAAGGGUCAGUAAAUACCACUCACACUUUUCCUAUACAGCCUCUGGCUGUUCCACAAACCACAAUGAAUACUAAUGUACCAUCCUAUCGUGAAAACCAAACACAAAAUCGAGAAUCAAUGGUAGUCACACAGGGCCCCCAGCACUAUUCAAAUAUAACUGAAAGUAGUAUUUUACCAUCACAGAAUCAACCAGUUGAGUUCAAUCAUGCAAUUAACUAUGUUAAUAAAAUUAAAAAUCGAUUUCAAGGUCAACCAGAGAAAUACAAAGGUUUUUUGGAAAUCUUACAUACUUACCAGCGUGAACAGAGAAAUAUUAGGGAUGGUGUUGCCUCUAGUAAGCAGUUAAGUGAAAAUGAAGUCUAUUUACAAGUGGCAAGGUUGUUUGAAAAUGAGGAAGAUUUAUUAUCAGAAUUUGCUCAAUUUUUAUCUGACACUACUAGUAAUCGAAACCGCUCUACGUCUCCAUAUUCUGCUAAAAAGAACAUGUCCCAAAUGAAAUCACAUUCUGCUGGUAAUACAGUUAAUGUUGUGGACAAUGAGAAAGAGCCUAGCUCUUUUGAGGGCGAUAAAGAUAGACGCAAUACUGAUAGAGAUUCUGACCGCGACCGCGAUCGUGCUAGUGAAUCAAGAGAAAAGGAGCGUAAUACAAGUUCUCAUUCAAAAUAUCCAAUCAAAAGAUCCCCAAGUUUUCCUUCACAUUUUUCUGAUGUACCUUUGGCCAAGCGUGUUAAACCCACUGCUCAAGAUAUUACAUUAGCAGAAGCUGCUAAAUUUGGUACAUUAAAUGAUUUUGCAUUUUUUGACCGUGUUCGAAAAGCAUUGCGCACCAGUGAAGUAUAUGAUAACUUCCUGAGAUGUCUGAUUUUAUACAAUCAAGAAAUAGUAUCUAAAGCCGAACUCUUGCAAAUAAUAUCUCCUUUUCUUGGUAAAUUUCCUGAUCUGUUCCGUUGGUUGAAGGAUUUUCUGGGUCCUAUAUCACAAAGCGAGUGUGUCUCAGCUGCUAUUGCAAAUAGACAAGACAGGCCACAUACUGACCAUGCAAUGGAGGUUGAUUUAACAACUUGUAAACGAUUAGGUGUUAGCUAUUGUGCAUUACCAAAUUCACAAAACGAUAAAAAAUGUUCUGGGCGUACAGCACUAUGCAAAGAAGUCCUAAAUGAUACGUGGGUUUCCUUUCCCACUUGGUCAGAAGAUUCAACUUUUGUUACAUCUCGAAAAACAUCUUAUGAAGAAUAUAUUUAUCGGGUUGAGGAUGAAAGGUUUGAAUUAGAUGUAGUAAUUGAAACAAAUGCAGCAACAAUUAGAGUUCUUGAGGGUAUUCAGAAAAAGAUAUCACGCAUGCCUCCAGAUGAAGCAGCACGUUAUAGACUGGAUGAUUAUUUAGGGGGCACAUCUCAAACCAUACAUCAACGAGCUAUAAGGCGUAUUUAUGGAGAUAAGACAAAUGAUAUAAUAGCUGGAUUGAAGAAGAAUCCAGCUAUAGCCGUUCCUGUGGUUUUAAGGCGCCUGAAAACCAAAGAAGAAGAAUGGCGUGACGCCCAGAAAGGUUUUAACAAGCAAUGGCGCGAACAGAAUGAAAAAUACUACUUGCGAUCUUUGGAUUAUCAAGGGGUUAUAUUCAAACCUAAUGAUUUGAAGAGUUUAAGAUCAAAGUAUAUGUUUAAUGAAAUUGAAACGUUAUUUGACGAAAGGCAUGAGCAUGUGGAGGACGCUGUUACUGAUAAUGUAGUAGGGCCCCAUCUGACAUUUUAUUAUACAAAUAAAGCAAUUUUGGAUGAUGCAACUAAUUUAUUAAUUCAUCAUGUGAAAAGACAGACUGGAAUACAGAAGCAAGAAAAAUCAAGAAUAAAACAGCUGCUCAAGCAUUACGUAGCUGACUUAUUUUUCCAUCCCAGACAAACCUUGUCGGAUGAUGAGUAUGAUGAUGAUACUGAGGCUUCUAACAGUGCCAAUGAACAUGAGUCCAAAGAUGAUAAAGACUCUAUACCUAAAAUCAAGGACUGCGGGGCAUCACAGAAAGGUGUUGAUGCAUUAAAAGUGGAAGUAAAAACAGAACCUGACAAGGAUGCUGAUCAUGACUAUAAACCAGAUCUGGCAUCUAUGGACCAAGAUAACGAAUGUUAUACUUUAUUCAUGGCUAAUAGCAACUGGUAUUUAUUUCUGAGAUAUCAUUCAGUUUUAUGUGAACGUUUGAACAAGAUACAUGAACAAUCUCAAAAAUUAAUACUGGAAGAAUCUUUCAAUAAACAGAAGCGAAGGGAUUCUACAUCUAUUGCUUUAAGAUUUAAACCCAAACAAGUAACACCAGUGGAAAAUUAUUAUUCUACAUUCUUGGAUAAAGUGAAGGCCCUACUUGACAACAAUAUUGAAAAUACAGCAUAUGAAGAAAGUUUAAGAGAAAUGUUUGGCAUUCAUGCAUAUGUUGCAUUUACUUUAGAUCGAGUAGUCUCAUAUGCAGUUCGACAACUUCAACAUUGUGUGACUGAGAGGAAUGCUAUAGACUGUGUUGAACUUUUCCAUGCAGAAUCUCGUAAGAAUGGUACUGGAGGUGCUUGCAUAACAGCUGCCAUGAGGGCUGAUGCAGAAUUAGCUUAUCAAAGGAAGGCUGAGAGGUCCUUGCAGGAUGAAAAUUGUUUUAAAAUAUAUAUUUAUAAAAAUAAUUGUAAGUUAACUAUAGAAUUAAUAGACACUGAAUCUGAAAGCCAGCAGCAGCUGGCAGACACCGAAAUGACGGCAAAUUGGAGUUCCUAUAUAGACUGUUUGAAAACCACUAGAAAAGACUCGUCUAACAUGAAUAAACGUUAUUCACUGUCAGAGUUAUCAAGUAAAUUAAUAUUUUUGAAAAGAAAUUAUAAAAAGAACUGUUCUAUGUGGAAUAAAGAUAGUAAAUCUGUUGACAUAAUAAAUAGUUAUAAAAUGCAAAUGAAUUCCCAGAAUAAGACAAAACAACAAGUAGACGUUACUGAAACUGCGGAAUUAAAUAAAACUGACGAAAAUGCAGAAAUUAGUUCCAUGGAUGUAAAUAAAUCUAAUACAAAUGUAAAACAAUCAAAGCGGCUAAAUGAGUUGACUGAGCAAGAAGGAUUCUUUGUUUCAGAAAAUGAAGAAUGUUCUAUGAGAUUAAACAAUUACAAAAUGUUAUUCAUUCUUAAUAAGGACAAUAUUUUAUACAAAAAUAUGUCUUUAGGGAAAGCGAGAAGAGCUCACAAAAAGGUCACAUUGAGAAUGAAUGGUAAAUUUAAAAAUUGGUUGAGCAGUUGGGUUCAACAAAAUGUUGAUGAACAACAAAUAACAUCUUGCUCUGAUUGGUUGAUGGGUUUAGGAAAUGAAGUAAUACCUAAUAAAACAAUUAUGGUGACGAAUAAUGAUUUGACUAGAACUCCCUAUGUAGUGUACAAUAAAUAUAAAGUUGAAAAAUUAGAUAAGCAUAGUGCAAAACGGAAAACAGUAUCCGUUUCAGCUAGACAAUCUGAGGGUGGAAGUUUACCUAGUAACGUAAAUAAUAGUUCUACAUUUGCUUAUGAUAGAUUAUUUUUAUAUGAUGAUAAGUUUAGAAAAUGUGGUCUGACGAACACUGAUGAUUACAAAGAACUCUGUAAGAUCGAUAUUGCAAAGAGAGAUUUCAAUGAUAUUUACACCACAUCUUGUGAAAUAAAUUUAAAUAAGACCGCUUCAAGUUCGAACUCGUCCUUGCUGAGAUUUUCCCCAGUACCAAAUAAUUUAAUAGAUCCCGAUGUUAUAGAAGAAUGUCAAGCAGCUUUACAGGAUUCAGCUAUAUCUGACGAUGAACAAAAACAGUUUGUAAUAUGCAGUACACAAGAAAAAAAUUCGAAUGAUGAAAGAUCUGAUAAAACGGGAAAAUCUUCUAAAUUAAAUUAUACAUCUCACGCAGAAUUCCAAAUAAGCAUGGAGAAUAAUAAUCAAAAUGGAAUGGAUAGUAAUCGUUCUAGUCGAAGUAAAAACACCAAUAAUGAUUUUGGUAGCACAAUUCAAUUUUCUCAGUUUGAAAAACCGUUAUUAUUGACUUCAACAUAUGCUCCAGUGCAAUGCUUGAUCGGCACUGGAAAGUCUGCAACUAGUUUAACCAGGCCCAUCAGUUGGUUGACACCCGCAGCUAUACCUGCUUUAUUACAAGAUGAUUCUAAGAAAUCUUUAGAUGAGAAUGGCAAUUCUCUUCAAGCCUUCAAUUCUACGAUGGCAUCUAGUCAACAACAAAAUGCACUUAAGAUUAAAAGAGAAAAACCAAAGCAAAAGAAAUCUGAUCGUAAUGUGAAAGUUAUACGAUCAGAGGAAGUUGUUGGACAUAGAAAUGAAACUAAUAUAGAUCUUUUAGUUCAAUUUAUUGAGAAUGAUGUUAAUCCAAAGAAAAUUAAUGGAUUUUCUAAAAUGAACAAAUCGAAUUGCAAAUCUGACAAUAUAAGUAAUAAGCAACGUUAUUUAGAAGAUAAGAAUAAGAAAAAGGAUAAUAGAAAAAAUAAAGAUAUUCAAAGGAAUUUAUUUAAGAGUAAUUCAUUAGAAGAAGUAUCAUGUUCUAUGUUAGAAGAUUUAACUAAUGACAGUUCUGGAAUUACCAUGCGUAACAAGUCUAAAAAGGAGUCAAGUUCGUCUAAUGACCGUCGCUCAUGGGGCGAAGUCAGUUAUAUGGGAGAGAAUAAUUUCAAUGAUAGCAAUUCUAAGACCGAUGAAAAAAUAUUUGAACAAAUGUUUGAUCCAAAUGUUAGUUUAACAAACGAGUUGUCGAAUAAUUAUGCAGAAUUAGCUGAGUUUCAUAGAAGGAAGUCUACUUCUUCAAUGCCCCCUUCAGAUAAAUCUGAUUCAAGUGAUUUGGACUCUGUUCAUUCUCUACCUGUUGAAUCUACAUCAAAAAAAUUAGCUGUGCGACAAAUAUCUACUUCCUCUGGAGGGACUCCACUAGCUUCUUAUGCUGAUAUUACUAAAAUGCCUAAUGUUAGUAAUGAUACAUGCAAUGAUAUUUGUUUCAAUCCAGACCAAGAUAAAUGGUCUUCAGAAUCUAAGAAUAUGUUUCCUUCUUUAAUAGAAACUACAACUAGCGACAAAAGCAAUCAUCCUAAAACAAUGUCUUUGAAUAAUUACAAUUUUCCUGAUUUGAUAGAAUCAUGCCAUUACUAUAGUGAAGUCCAAAAAAAGAAAGAAAAUGAAGAAAAUAAUAAACAAGAAGCAUCAAAGAAUAGAUCUAAAUUAAAAUUAUCUCAAUCAAAAAGUGUCGAUAUGGAAGAUGUAUACGUCCAAAAUAAAAAUACAAGAAACAAUGAUGAACAUAUUACUAAAUCUAUAAACAAAUCAAAUAAAGAUAAUCAAAAAAUUAUUAAGAAUAAAUCUAACAUUGAGGAACAAUUGAAAGAGCCUAAAUCGAUCAAUAACAAGAAUGGCUUCAAAGAGAAACAAAAUAAUGCUAGCAGUGAAUAUUCAUUAAUAGAAUCUAACAAUAAGAAGAAAAAUAUGAAUAUGAUAAGUAUGACUAGUGAUUUAGUAUCGGAUUGUAUUUAUCAUGAUAUAUUAAAUGAGAAAAACAAAGAAAUGGAUAUUGAGUCGGCGGAUCCUAAACAAUCUUUGCCCCCAGUUAUAAUAUUAAAUGAAGAAUUUAAUUUAGAUGAACCAGCCGAAAAUGAUAUAAUUUUUGGAUUUGAAUUAAAUGAAAAACUCUUGUCUGGGGAAUUGAGUGACACCGACAGUAAUAACACAGUAGUAUAUCAAGAUUUAGAAAUAACUGAUCGAUCUGUUGUUAAGGGCAAUUAUAAGGUUGAUAUAUGUGAAAAUUCUAAGAACUCAUCUGCUUGUUCUACAGAAAACAUUCAGGAGGAUGUGGUAUCAACCCCUAUACCAAAACUAUCUAGUGAAUCCAAUGAUAAGAACUAUUCUUGCGAAUAUGCUGGUCAUAACAAUAAAAGUAUAUGUGAUAACUUCAAAACGAAGGUCCAAAUUAAUAAUUCCAAGUGCUUAAAUUCUAUCAAAUUUAUACCUCCAUCAAAUUCUGGCAGUUUUGAAAAUCAUGAUAAAAUAGUCAGUUUUAUAGGAAUAGCAUGGGAUGAAAUUCUUAAGGGCGGAACAGCUCAGUAUUAUACUGGAUGA